CAUCUCCCAGAAUGCGUGGGAACGCUGAGUGGAACACUAUCGUUACUUUCUUCCCGUUCAACAGCAACAAACACACCGUAGACCUCUACCUGUACGCGCUACGUCCGCCCCACACGGGGAGGGGUUUUGAAUGCUGUUGUGCGACUGUCAAGAGUCACUGUAAUUUGAAAUCGAGGAAAUAAGACGUCGGACUGAAGAGCAAACGGUCCGUACCCAUAACUUACCGACUCCGGUCUGCUUUGCGGUUUAUUCCUAUUAGAUUUCCCCCCUGAGAAAUCAGUCAAGGAAUAUUCAUUGCGUUCUGGUGUGGUGGUGGGGAUUUCAUGUCCACCCCGUCUUUUUAGAAUGGCGAGAGACUACGCUAAACAUUGCCCCGUAUCACCAACGAAAAACAGUUUGCUGGUGAUAGCAGCGAUCCUUCUGAUUAUUGAAGCUGCUUCGUGUCAGCGGGUGAGGGUGGAGACGGAGGUGGAGGCGUACCCUACCGAGUCGGUCGACCUCCGCUGUCAGUUUGUCGACGGAGGAAACACCAAGCUCACACAGGUGUCGUGGAUAUGGGAGCCCACGGAAGGCCAGAGGGACAACAUUGCCGUCUUUCACCCCACAUACGGCGAGAGCUUCCCCGAAUCUCCCUUCUCUGGGCGUGUCCGCUUCAUCAAAGGCACCUUGACAAGCCCCUCCAUUACUAUUACCAGCCUGAAGAUGGCCGACGCCGGGCGGUACACCUGCGAGUACGCCACCUACCCCAGCGGCAAUGAGCAAGGCACCACCAAUCUGGUCAUGCUUGCUAAACCCAAGAAUUCGGCAUCUCCCGUUGUUGCCCAAGCCAGCACCAGCGGCGAACCAGUGGUCGUGGCCCAGUGCGAGGCUGCCGACAGCAAGCCAGCGGCCACCAUCAAGUGGAUGGGAGCAGUCGGUGGCACUGAAAACACCACCUCCAAAAAAGGGCCGGACGGCACGGUGACGGUGAGGAGCGAGUACCUCGUAGUGCCCACGCCAGAGGACAACGGCAAGGAGGUCACCUGCAUAAUCAGCCAGCGCACCCAGGACAAGCCCCAGACCUUCCCCAUGAAGUUGGCCGUCGAGUAUCCCCCGACUGUGUCCAUAGUGGGCUAUGAUAACAACUGGUACAUCGGCCGAACAGACGCUGUCCUGACCUGCCAGGCCACUGGCAACCCUGCCCCCACCACCGUCACUUGGACAGUCAUGUCAGGUCCUAUGCCUGACACGGUGCAGAUCAACGCCAACAAGCUGAUCGUGCGGAAGGUGGACGAGGCUGUGAACACCACCUUCGUCUGCGAGGUGAAGAACCGGCUGGGAGUGAGCAAGCACCAGGUCACCACAGCGGUCAUCGAGGCCAUAGUGGACCCGUCCAACGCGGGCGUGGUGGCGGGGGCUAUCAUCGGCAGCCUGCUGGCCCUGCUGCUGGUCAGCGCGCUGAUUGCCGUCCUGGUGACCCGCAGUCGUCGACAACGGCGCGGCUACCCCGGCAACGGAGAGCCGGGCGCCUACGGGAACAAGGCCCGCCUCUUCGGCGGAGCUGGCAACAAGAAUGGAGGCACUGGGCCCAACAUCAACGGACCCAUCUAUACGUACCGCGAGAGUGACCCCGGAGCGCUGGCCAAGGUUAACGACUUCCACGGCCCGCCAGGCUCCAACCCCACCGCCCACGACAUCCUGCUGAGCAGCGAAAUGGAUGAGGCGGAGCGCCGGAAGUUCGACGCACUCGACGACAGCCUGGAGGAGGAAGAGGAGCGCUACGACAGCUUCAGCGUGGGCAUGGCGCCAGCCUAUCACAUCCACCGGCGCGACGAUGAGAUGGGAGGGGUCAACAUUUACCUGGAUGACGACAUGGAGUCACAGCGGGACGGGUCGGUCAUCUCCCGGACUGCCAUCUACGUCUAGAGAGGGACGGUCAACCCACUGGGUCCAGGAGGGAGAGCUGAGGACAGGGAGGAGAGUCCACCGCCAACCUCCAACCACCUCUCUGAAAUGAUACCACCAACCACCCUUCCCCUGCAUACUAUAGAGACAUGCUUCGCUUAUGAUUAUUUUCUAUUAAAAUAAAUCACUACAGAAGCAAAACAAGGAGUUGAAACUGAUCUGUAACUGAUGGACAAGCAGAAUGAUGACUUGAGGGCACUGCUGAAUGACUAGACGUCUCGAAGUUAGUCAGUCUAGCCCAAAACUUAAACGAUGUAUCUCCUAUUCGAUGCUGCUUACUGCUCCAUUUAAUUUCAGCUUAGCAAGUGAAACACGAAGAAUGGCCGUGUGACUGCGUUAGUAGCCAACUAAUCCACAGGACUGCAAACAUCGUAAAGACUUUUCUUCUUGGUAAGGAAAUGUACCAUUCAAUGUCACCUUCAUGGUAAAACUUUAGACGCAUUCAUAGAUGGUCACACUAGUUCUAUAACCACUGCUACUGCUUCAAGAUGUCCUCCGGUGAACCGCGGUGUAGAGGGCAAGGAACAAAGCUGUAACUUGCUUAAUGUGCAUCGUCACAGGCAUUCAUACACAGUGUUUUGUAAUGGUCUUUGUAUUCUCAAGAUGUUUGGGCCUUAAGGCCUCGUGGAAGCACAUUUUGGUUUUAAUGACUAUUAGGCAGAGGUUCGUCCCACCAACUUAGUUUCCAACUUUAUUUUCAUGCACUUUUCCUUCUUUCUAAUGGCUUUGUGAUUAUUUUCUUUUACAUUUGGGAGUCCAGCGACAUGGUAGACCAAGCCGGGGGUGGGGUUUGAACGAGAGAAGUGGAGCGACCAGAUCCGUUUUUUUGUUUUUUUUCCCACCUGAAUGUUGGCUCUGUUCAUGUUGGUGGAAUGUCACCGCUAAGCAGGGGUCAGCGGGUCAGCCGGCACCGUCCGAGGUGUGCUAGCCUACCAUGCUUAGGGUCCAAAACCAGCGUGUCUAGUUUGCCUAAGGACAGAUAACAGACCCACUGACAGAUGGACAGGCACACCCAUCUCUAACUGUGCCUCCUGCUCUGCCUGUCAGGUUGACCAAUUAGAAGGGAGCGCACUCCAUUUCCCCGGCAAGUCGAUCAAUGCGGCGUCUUUUUAAUGGCAACGAGAUGUUUCGCCGCCGACGCUCGAGGAUCAGAGGCAGAGGCGGAAUAUUUCCCUCUCUGUUUUUACCAGAACAAGCUGUUCCUACCCCGCAUGUUUCAUUCAGGAGUGGAAGAAAGUGUUGUGCGUUAUCUUGUGCAGAGGGAUAGAGAGAGAGGCUGAUUUCCGGCUGGUAUUGAGUACUUGUGCGAUUUAAUCCAGUUAAACCGAGCUGCACAUAAGGCUGAAAUUACGAAAUUUUGCUCCCGAAUACAGUAGGAAUUAUGAGGUGGUAUGAGGUAGACUGUCUAUGAUCAAUUAUCUACUUAGACUUAGAAAUAUUCUCUUUUUUUUAGCAGGGCGGAAUACUUAGAGUAUUUUUAUUUAUUUUGCUGUAUCUCUCUGUAAUCUCUUCUGGCCUUCUGAGGGGGCGGUAACACAUUAAAUACGCCUGUGACUGUGUGUGGGGGUAUUUCUGACCAUGUGCGAGGCCCAUUAGUUCUAAGCCUGGCCGGCAUAUGUGUUUUCGACUUCUGAGUGGACCGAAUUUGACUCUCUGCCAGACCUGGAACGAGGGUAAGGAGCUAACCCCACCCGCGGUAUGUUCCACUGUCGGAUUAGCGGCGUACACUUUAAAGCAGCGGCCGCGCGUGGGUGUGCUGACGAGUGUGUCAAUUGUGCAAGGGUGUGUGUAGCGUGAUUGAACAGAUUUGUGUCGGCGAGUGGAUUUUGAGUUGUGUGUAUAUCCCACACGCUGAUUCACCGCGUAAUAGCUCGAUAUUAUGCAGGAGUUGUUUUGCAUAAUUUCAUACAUAUGGAUUGCUAAGCCUAUCAUGAUUUUAUCUCGGAGUCAUUCAUCACUCAUUUCAUGCACAGUAACCUCACUGAUGAAGGGGUUGGGGGACGGUGAUAGGAAACUGCUUAGCACGAGGACCCACAUGGACAUGAAUAUUUCACUGGCGGAGCCGGAGUGACUCAAAGGGCCUUUGGAGUGGUCUCCUGUGCCACCCCUGACAGAUGAACACUUGAUUGGGUAUUGGUAUCCGGGCCGCUGCUCUGAAACUGUCGUGUUCGACUCCUCCUUUGCCUUUUAUCACAUAUUCAUAUCACAUUAUCAGAUCAUCACCACUGUGUCCAAAUGAACGGGUUGUUUCCCUUAUGAUGUUUUGUGCGAAUGGGUAUAAGCAUUUUUUUAAAUGAAGAAAAAUAACAGUCUUCUGUGAAGUGUUGGUUGUGUAUUUCUUGAUGUAAAAUAUCCAUGUAAUGAAGUAAGUGUGUAUUUAUCUUCGAGGCUUCCUAUAAGAAAUGUUAUUUUAGAAGUGCUGUGUAGAUUAUGGUAAAUUGGUCCAUUUAUCACAGACUACUAUUAUGGGAAUUGGUUGGAAAAUAACCAAUGACUACAAAUGACCUUACUGUAAUUAUAUGUGUGUCAAGGCAUGUAUCUUGUAGCCUACUGGUACAUAGAGGUACAUUAUAUUAUCGAGGGCCUUGAACUCCAAGCUGCUCUCACCAUUUUCUCCACACAAACACACUCUCUCUCUCUCUAUCUCUCUCUUCCACAGAUAAACUCACAUGAGAGCAUAUAAUCACCUUCUCUCAAGAUCUGUUUCACCCAUAGAAUGCGCACACACACACACACACACAUAAAUAUUUUUCCCCGACCUGACACACACCUUGGGUGCAAUGCCUCCCAUUAGCAGGGGCAAGAUUGUUCCUCGUUGGGCUCCAUCAUCAUUGUCCAUUUUGCUAUUAAGAUGAACAGAGAGAGAACAUCUCUCUCUACAAAGGCUUAACCUUUCAUUCCCCAUUUCCCUGUUUUUAAGAAGUAAACCAGCACCAAUUUCACCAAUUUCACAUGGAAUAAAAAGCAAAGUUUCUGGGAUGCAAUUACUCUCCGUGUCUAAGGGCAGUAGUGGUGGUCAUUUUAAGAAGCCUAAUGGGUCACGACAGCCUACAAUUCAUGUCCGACUCUAAUCUCAAGACAACCAAACAAAGCCUUAAAUUCACAAUUCCACCACAUGCAGUAUUCCCUGUGUCCCUCGUGUACAUAGUAUAAAUAAAUCGAACAUAACGUGCAACAAGCAUGACUAAUUGAUGUGGUCAUGUUAGCCUAGUUGCUGGCAUAAUAAGAUAUUCAUUUUUCCCGGCUCAAUUCUACAGUGGGGUAUGUUUUUUUUUUUCUUCUUGUGCACAAUAUUGACAGGAUUAUGACCUGGAGAAUAUGACUAAUAUUAAAAUGCUCCUAUAUUCCCAGAUGUUCCCAGAUAUAUUCCCUCCCACUACAAGCUGCUAGUAUAACGAUGUUUUCUGUAUCACCAUCUGACAUUGUGGGUGUUUCGUUCCAGUUUGUCCUGUCACAUUAUUUUUGUAUUCUGGUGUUAUUAAAGUAUGAUGGAUUUCUAAAUAUGA